GAUAGGUUCACCGACAAUUCCUGCGCAAUAUGCAUGGAUCCCUUCGAAGAAGGAUCUUUUGUGAGAGAGCUACACUGUGCCCAUGUAUUCCAUCAUCAGUGCAUAGGAGAAUGGUUCAAGGAAAACGCUUCCUGCCCUAUCUGCAGAACAAAAGUACCUACAAAAAUGAAA